UCUAAAGUCAACGCCUUUGUCUCUCUUUCUCUCUCUAAGCUUCGUCUUCUUCUUCAUCUUCCACUCGUCUUCCGUUUCUUCUCCAUUUUUUUCUCUCUGUGGACACUAUGAAAUAUCCAUAUCAUUAGCUGUUUAGGUCACUGAAAAAUUCGAUUUUGUUUCUUAAAUUUUCAAUUUUUCUUUGAUAUAAAAGAAAUCCCGAUGGGUAACGGGAUUGGGAAGCUCGGCGUUUGCUUCACCGGAAUCAGCGACGGGAGGCGGCGGCCGGAUAUUUCUGCUCUGUUAUCGAAUCCACUCGAUGAAGGGCUUGGACACUCGUUCUGCUAUGUCCGGCCGGAUCCUUUGAGGCUGUCGUCUUCAAAAGUUCAUUCCGAUGAAACCACCACUUUCCGAUCGAUUUCCGGCGCCUCUGUAAGUGCCAAUACAUCGACGCCUCUUUCUACGGCUCUUGUUGAUCUGUAUUCGUACAAUAGCAUUGAUCGAGCGGCGGCUUUUGAGAGUUCGACUUCUUUCGCUUCAAUUCCUUUGCAGCCGAUCCCUAAAAACAUGAUCAAUUCGGGUCCGAUUCCGGGUAAUUUCAGUGGAAUCCCUAGUUCGGGUCCUUUGGAAAGAGGGUUUUUGUCGGGUCCAAUUGAGCGAGGGUUUAUGUCGGGUCCGUUGGAUCGGGGGAUUUUUUCGGGUCCUCUUGAUAAUUCUACUUCUUGCGAAUUUCAGAGAAGUUUCUCUCAUGGUGGAGGAUUUAAUUCCAGAUCUGGAUCGAGAAAAGGCCGGUUAAUUCGGAUUUUGAGAAGCGUAAUUUCGAAGUCGAUUUAUCGAGGGCAAAAUUCGAUUGUGGCUCCGAUUAAAGCGGUUAAAGAACCCGAUUGGAUCGUCAUGCCCGAGAAACAUAAUGAGAAUUUGACUGUGAGUAGUUUAAAUUUCAGUAGUGAGGGAAGUUUGGAAGAUGAUGAUUCAAUGGAGAGCCAAAAUCUGCAGUGGGCUCAAGGAAAAGCAGGGGAAGAUCGUGUUCAUGUGGUGGUUUCUGAAGAACAUGGUUGGGUUUUCGUCGGGAUUUACGAUGGAUUUAACGGUCCUGAUGCUCCUGAUUACCUUUUAUCGAAUCUAUACUCCUUUGUUCAUAAGGAACUUAAAGGUUUGUUAUGGGACGAAAAGCUCGAUUCCCCCGGAGUCGCCGCUCCGGCCACUUCCCCUGUUCGAUCUGAGCAUCAUCCUUGUCCAGAAACAAGAGAUUGUUCGCAGGUUAACGCUUGUUCUCAGUGUGUUGAACAAGAGAAUCAUCCUUGUGCUAGUGGCGAUGCGAAUUCUGGAUCGAAUUCGAGGAGGAAAAAAGGUAAGAAUUCAAGAGGAAAGUUUAAAGGAGCUUCUGAGAAAUGGGAGGAUAAUCAGCGGAAAUGGAAGUGCGAAUGGGAUCAGGAACGAUUAGAGCUCGAUCGAAGGUUAAAGGAGCAGUUGAAUCGAUCUGCGUCGUCGAAUGGUUCGAGGUCGAUUAAUCAUUCGGAUGUUUUGAAAGCUUUGUCCCAGGCAUUGAAGAAAACAGAGGAGGCCUAUUUGGAUAUUGCAGACAAGAUGCUCGAUGAAAAUCCUGAACUGGCUUUGAUGGGUUCUUGUGUGCUUGUGAUGCUUAUGAAGGGAGAUGAUGUUUAUGUGAUGAACGUUGGCGAUAGCCGAGCUGUUUUAGCGCAGAAGGCGGAGCCCGAUUAUUGGCUCGGGAAGAUUCAACAGGAUUUGGAGAGGAUUAAUGAAGAGCCAGUUCAUGACAUUGAAGCAUUAGAUGGAGAUACAGCAUUCACAUCAGCUAACCUUACUGCUUUUCAGCUUUCCAUGGAUCAUAGCACCAGUGUUGAUGAGGAAGUUCAGAGAAUAAAAAAUGAACAUCCUGAUGAUGCUGGUGCCGUGAUGAACGACCGUGUGAAAGGCUCGUUGAAGGUUACUCGGGCGUUCGGUGCUGGGUUCCUCAAACAGCCUAAAUGGAACAAUGCACUGUUGGAAAUGUUCAGAAUCAACUACGUCGGGGGAUCGCCAUACAUCAAUUGUCUACCAUCUCUCUACCACCACAGAUUGGGACCAAAAGACAGGUUUUUGAUACUAUCAUCUGAUGGACUCUACCAGUACUUCACAAACGAGGAAGCUGUUUCGGAAGUCGAACUUUUCAUCGCCUUGCAACCCGAAGGAGACCCGGCACAACAUCUGGUUGAACUACUGCUGUUUCGGGCUGCAAAGAGAGCUGGUAUGGAUUUCCACGAGUUACUCAAAAUACCACAGGGCGACCGGAGGAAGUACCACGACGAUGUAUCGAUCAUUGUAAUUUCAUUAGAAGGGAGGAUCUGGAGAUCCUGUGUAUAAAAUAGUGGAAAGAAGCAGGUAGAUGAUAUAGAGAAGAACUCAGUAAAAGGUCAGGCUUUUUUCUUUAUGUUCAUUUUUCUCUUUUUUUCCCUGAUCACCAUUGUAAGAAACGGCGAUUAAGGUUCUUGGAAUUGCCUCAUGAACUUAAUUCUGCAGUUUACUUGGUGGCAAGGAGAUGUAAAGUGCAAAAGCUUGUUCUUUCUUAAUAAAAAAGAAAAGAAAAAACUGCCAAAGAAGGAAAAAUUUGUAAUUUCUGAAUAAUUGAUCUUAUAUUCCUUUUUGAACAA